AGAAAAGACAAAUAACUGUUUGCUUAUAUUCAAUGGAAUGAUUGAAAAGCUCUGUCACUCUACGUAUUAAAUUAUUUGCUUUGCUUUGUAUUAAAAAAGUGUAUUGUUUUCCUAUUCACAGACAAACAGCUUAAAAAUUUAAAUUUUUGUUUUGGUUUUUGCUUAUUAAAUUAAAAAUGUACCUAAUUAUGUGAAUAUCAAUGUUUCCACACGUAUGUGCAUUGUACAUACAUACAUCAAUCACAUUAUCUUUUUAAUUAACGGUACAGAUAACCCAAAGCAACUCCAAUCAUAGGUGCAAACUAUUUAGCAGUCGAAUUAAUCAAUGCCAUGCACAUAUGUACAUACAUACGUAUGUAUGCUGUUGCAUUUAUAAAUAUUAAGGCUUAGUCAUAAAUAUUGGGCUAAAGUCUUGAUUUAGUUUAUAUUCCCUUGAUAAUGAAUCAUAUAGGGAAAAGCAAAUUAUCGAAGAAAUGUUUAAAGUUUUAUCACAGCUGCACCUAACAUUAAUCUAUUUUAAAUAGACAACACCUUCUGCCCGUUAUCACUCACUUAAUAGAUGACUCAUAACAGCUAACCCUUUUAAAUCAGUCCCAUUCAUAUAUGUACAUAUGAUAACAUAACAGCUCAACCAGUAUGCACCUGAAAUUAUCAUUGACGUGUGUCCAAACCGAAUAAACGGUAGUGUUCCGGUUUCCCCUUUUCAACAUUUAAUACUUGUUCGUUUUGCACGAAUUGCAAUAUAAAAGGCUGUUUAAAUACAUAAAAAAAAACAACUCAUUUUCAUAUUUAUAUAAUUGUAAAUGGUAUUGUACUGUGCCUAAGUCUAAGUGUUUAAAACACAACUUAAGUAUAAGGUCUAAAUGUCUUGAAAGCUAAAAUCAGAACAGACCUGAUAAUAAGCACCCAAAAUAUGAAAACGCGAAGAACACAUAAGUAUUGGGCUACCAAAUUUGGCUAUAUAAGUACCAGCCAUUGCUUGUUGUAGUCAGUUCUCAUUCUCGCCCGGAGGUAACAACACAUCAACGUUCAACAUGGAUUUCUACUAUAUGCCCGGUAGCGCUGGAUGCCGCACAGUAAUUAUGGUGGCUAAGGCACUUGGACUCGAGCUGAACAAGAAGCUGGUAAACACAAUGGAGGGCGAUCAGCUGAAGCCGGAGUUCCUGAAGCUCAAUCCCCAGCACACCAUUCCCACCCUGGUGGAUAAUGGAUUCUCCAUUUGGGAGUCCCGCGCCAUCGCCGUUUACCUGGUAGAGAAAUACGGCAAGGACGACUCCCUCUAUCCCAAGGACCCCAAGAAACAAGCCGUGGUCAACCAGCGCCUGUACUUCGACAUGGGCAGCCUGAGCGACUCCUUUGCGAAAUACUACUAUCCCUAUUUCCGCACUGGAAAGCUGGGCACUGAAGAGGACUUGAAGAAAAUCGAAACCGUCUUCGGUUUCCUUGACACCUUCCUAGAAGGAAAGGACUACGUGGCCGGAGACCAGCUCACUGUUGCCGAUUUUGCCAUCCUGGCCAAUGUCUCUACCUAUGAUGUUGUUGAGUUCGACUUCAGCAAGUACUCCAAUGUGGUCAGGUGGUACGCCAAUGCCAAGAAGGUGACUCCCGGAUGGGCUGAGAACUGGGAGGGCCUGCAGCAGAUGAAGGAAUUCUUCGAGUCCCUCUCCAACAUGGAUCUAUACUACCUGCCUCUGGUCAGCGCAUGUCGCUCCGUUCUCAUGGUAGCCAAGGCCCUGAACCUUGACCUGAACAAGAAGCUGCUGAACACCCUGAAAGGAGAGCAGCUUAACCCGGAUUUCAUCAAGAUCAAUCCCCAGCACACCAUCCCCACUCUGGUAGACAAUGGAUUCACCAUCUGGGAGUCGCGUGCCGUCGCCGUGUACUUGAUAGAGCAGUACGGCAAGGACGAUUCGCUGUACCCCAAGGAUCCUAAGAAACAAGCCGUGAUCAAUCAGCGCCUUUAUUUCGACAUGGGCUCAAUGUAUCCCUCGCUGGCCAACUACUAUUACAAGGUGUUUAUCACCGGACAGUACGGCAGCGAAGAGGAGUUCAAGAAGGUCCAAGACGCCUUUGAUUUCCUGAACACCUUCCUGGAGGGUCAGGAGUUCGUGGCUGGUGACCAGUACACCGUGGCCGACAUUGCCAUCCUCGCCAGUGUAUCCACCUUCGAUGCUCUCGAAUUCGACCUCAGCAAGUACCCGAAUGUGGCCAAGUGGUAUGCCAAUGCCAAGAAGAUUACUCCUGGCUGGGAGGAAAACUGGGCAGGCGCGCAGGAUGUAAAGAAAGUGGUCGAUGAGAAAAAGAAUGCAGCGAAAUAAUUUAGACAUAAAUGUGUAAUAUUUUUAAGUUCUUAUGCAAUUUUUAUUUGCCUAUAAAUUUUCAGUUUUAUAAAAUACUGUCCAGCCUGAGUGGUUAGAAAUGUUUGAAUAUAAUUGUAUAGCUGCUGGAAAAUAUAAAUAAAGUAUGAAUAUUUAAAUUAGCAAAUAUUUUAAACUAUUCCUAUUCUAAGUGUUCAAGAAGCUAAAUAUAAAAAAAUUUAAUCAAUGAGAAUCCCAUUUCUGAAAAAUAAAUUAUAAUCAACUCAUAAAACAUAA